CUGUUUUUCCUGUCUUUCUUCCUGGUGUCCCUUUCUCUUCCUCUCCUCCCAGGUCGUUCCUGUCUUUUCCCCUUUGAAGACGGCUUCCUCGACGAUGGCCACGGUGACCCCUCCCUGACUCCGGGCCUGAACUCGCCCACCCGCUGUCAGAAUGGAGAGAGGAUGGAGCGCUACUCCAGGAAAGUUUUUGUCGGAGGCCUCCCCCCUGACAUAGAUGAAGAUGAAAUCACCAACAGUUUCCGCCGCUAUGGACACCUGGUGGUUGACUGGCCCCACAAAGCUGAGAGCAAAUCUUACUUCCCACCCAAAGGCUAUGCCUUCCUGCUUUUUCAAGAAGAGACUUCUGUCCAGGCCUUGAUAGACGCCUGCAUCGAGGAGGACGGAAAGCUCUACCUAUGUGUGUCCAGUCCCACUAUCAAAGACAAACCGGUAUGUAGACAAGAAAUUCCUGUCCAGAUCCGUCCCUGGAACCUGAGUGACAGCGACUUCGUCAUGGACGGCUCCCAGCCUCUGGACCCCCGCAAAACCAUCUUCGUUGGGGGGGUGCCACGGCCUCUGCGUGCAGUUGAGCUGGCUAUGAUCAUGGACCGGCUGUACGGGGGUGUUUGCUACGCUGGCAUCGACACCGACCCGGAGCUCAAAUAUCCGAAGGGAGCCGGCCGAGUGGCCUUUUCCAAUCAGCAGAGCUACAUCGCUGCAAUCAGUGCCCGCUUUGUUCAGCUGCAGCACAAUGACAUCGACAAAAGGGUGGAGGUGAAGCCGUACGUCCUGGACGACCAGAUGUGCGACGAGUGCCAGGGGGCGCGCUGCGGGGGGAAGUUCGCCCCCUUCUUCUGUGCCAACGUCACCUGCCUGCAGUACUACUGCGAGUACUGCUGGGCCAGCAUCCACUCCCGGGCCGGCCGCGAGUUCCACAAGCCGCUGGUCAAGGAGGGGGGCGACCGGCCCCGCCACGUGUCCUUCCGCUGGAGCUGA